UCACAGGCGUAUGAUCAGGCAGGGAUGGUUAAACCUUCUGCAUAAAACCCUGUGCAGCACUCAUACAGAAAACCCUGAAUUUGCAGAGCCUGCAAAAACAUUCUGACCAUGGAAGGACAUAGACUCUCAUCCUAUGGAAGGCGCUUCGGCUCACAAUCCACCUCUGUCCACCAUGCCUUGAGGAGGUUCUCGCCAGGCCGCAGAUACUUUCCUCCAUCUCCCACUACCCAGUUCUCUGUCACUAAGCUGAAGACAGCAAGGCUAAGUUUCCAUUCUGGCCCCAAGUUCUCCUCUGAUAAGGUGGAUUUUUCUUUGGCAGACGCUCUCAACAGUGAAUUCAAAGAGACCCGCAGCAAUGAGAAGGUGGAAAUGAUGGAGCUGAACGACCGUUUUGCCAGCUACAUUGAAAAAGUUCGCUUCCUGGAGCAACAGAACAAAGUUCUUGUUGCUGAGCUCAAUCAACUUCGAGACAAAGAGCCCAAUAAGUUGGCUGACAUUUAUCAGGAAGAGAUGAGAGAGCUACGUCAUGAAGUAGACCAACUCUCCAACUCUAAAGCCCGGCUGGAGAUUGAGAGAGACAACUUGCUGGAGGAUCUCAACAAUCUCCGGCAAAAAUUACAGGAUGAGAUUAAUCUGCGCCUUGAAGCUGAAAGCAAUUUGUCUUCCUACCGACAGGAUGUUGAUGAUGCUGCUUUAGCCCGGAUUGAUCUGGAACGCAAAAUUGAUUCAUUGCAGGAGGAGAUUAUAUUCCUAAAGAAAAUCCAUGAUGAGGAACUGCGGGAGCUGCGGGAAUAUUUGCAGCAGCAACAGGUUCACAUUGAGAUGGACAUGACCAAGCCUGAUUUGACAUCUGCCCUGCGUGAGAUCCGCAUCCAGUAUGAGUCCAUGGCCACAAGCAAUAUGCAAGAGACUGAAGAAUGGUACAAGUCAAAGUUUGCAGAUUUGAGUGACGCCGCAGCACGAAACAUUGAGGCACUGCGUCUAGCCAAGCAGGAAGCUAACGAGUACCGCCGACAACUGCAGGCCCUCACUUGUGAUCUGGAGUCUUUUAAAGGAUCGAAUGAAUCUUUGGAGAGACAACUGAGAGAGAUGGAAGACCGCUAUGCUCUUGAGACUACCAACUAUCAUGACACAGUGAUUCGAUUGGAAGAAGACAGUCGGAAUUUAAAAGAGGAAAUGGCUCGUCAUCUCCAGGAAUACCAAGAACUCCUCAAUGUCAAGCUGGCAUUAGAUAUUGAGAUUGCUACUUACCGCAAACUCUUGGAGGGAGAAGAGGGCAGGAUUACUAUCCCAGUACAGACUUUUUCCAACCUUCAGAUCCGAGAAACCAGCCUCGACACAAAGUCAGUUUCUGAGGCUCGUCUGAAGAGGAGCAUUGUGAUCAGAACAGUGGAAGCUAGAGAUGGAGAGGUGAUCAAGGAGUCCACCCAAGAACAGAAGGAAGUGGCAUGAAGUAAAAACCAGUACAUGGAAGAAUUUUUCUAGGGUAGGAUGCUAAGAGAGCUUUGCAUCCUUCCAGUCUUCAAUCUUGGCACAGAAACAGUUUUGGAUCUGCAGCAACCAUUGAAAAUAAGAAAUAUGCAAAUUUAAUUACCAUGCCAGAAAAUAACCAAAUAACUCAGUAGCUGAUGCUUCAGCUGACUAUAAUGGCUUUUUUGAGUUUAUUUUUAUCUUCAAUAUUUCUCUUGCAGUGACCUUUGGAGUGUCCCAAAUAGCACAGUAUUUAGACCUGGCUAUACAGGUAGUCCUCAACUUACAACAGUUCACUUAAUGACCGUUCAAAGUUACAACGGCACUGAAAAAAGUGAGUUAUGACUGUUUUUCACACUUACCACCAUUACAGCAUCCCCAUAGUCAUGUGAUCAAAAAUUAGACACUUGGCAACUGACUCACAUUUAUGAUUGUUGCAAUGUCCCAGGGUCAUGUGACCUUCAGACCAACAAAGUCAAUGGGGAAGCCAGAUUCACUUAACAAACAUCUUAUUAAUUUAAGAACUGCCAUGAUUCACUUAACAAAUGUGGCAAGUAAAAUGUGGCAAAAUUCACUUAACAAAUGUCUCACUUAGCAACAGAAAGUUUGGGCUCAAUUGUGGUCAUAAAUCAAGGACUACCUGUAUUUUGCUAAAUAAUUGUUCUGGGCUGGCUUAAGAGCCAUAACUUGAUGUUUCUCAUUAGAACCAAUAAAUGAAUAGGAAUCAUGUUACUGUUGAUUACAUAAAAGUGCUGGUUAUGUUUACAUGUGAAAAUCAUUGACCUAAGAGAGUGUAAUUUAGAAGUAAGCUUCUUUCCUGAAGAUGUGUGUCACAGAUUGUAAAGCUUAGAUCUAUUAUUUCUUAGUAAUGAAAUCAAAUAGAUUACUUGGGGACAAAGGAACUGAUGCAUGAGGCACACCCACCUUGGUUUUUGUGUUGGGAUUACUCUCAUUUUCUGGCAAAACAUGAUUUUAAGAAAUGUAUAACAGACUGAAAUUUGCGGGCAAAAUAUCUUACUUUGAGUUUACAAUGAAAAUAAUUCAUGAGGAAGUUUUAGCUAUGUACCGUAUGUUAAAGUCAUAGGUUCUUUUCUAGGGAAAAUAUGCAAAGAUUACCAAGGGCUUCCUGUACCUUUGCAAGAGGGAACCAUGGUCAACAGGAGGCGAGUUUUAUUUUAAAAAAAUAAUUCCGUUUGUGGUUUGCUUACUUCAGAUAAUAUAGAAUUUAUUUAUUUGUUAUUAUUACCUGUUGCCAUUCUUCCAAGAGCACAAGGCAAUUUACAACAGAAGCACCUUUCUCUUUUAAAAUUAUCACUCAUGAAUAAGUGAUUAAUAUUUUUAGUUAUUUACAUCCAUUAAUCUUGUAUUUUUCCCUCAUAGCAAUUCAUUUUGUUCACCUUUUACUGCCAUGUAUUUUGGAAAAAAUUCCAGUAAAACCUAGGUAGUGGCUGAAAUUUGAUUCCUAUAGUAUGUAUGCCUUCUGUCUAUUAUCCUGUGUGCUGAUUUAUUGGUUAUGAUAGAUAGCAGUUUUCCAAAUAGAUGAAUGUGUUCCAUGUUUCACUUAUGUAUGGAAAUGGCUGAACGUACAUGGUGAACAUGUAGAGGUCUCAAACUCUUUCUCCUAGAAGGCCUAUUAGUCUACAUGUCUUAGUUCAACUUCCCUCUUUGAAGUAGUGCUUGGUAGUGGAAAAAAUAAGAGGAAAAAAUGAGGGGGAAAAUGAAAUGUGUCUGUAGCACUAAAGCAUGCAGUUAAGGGCUAAGUCCUUCUUCCUUUUCCUCUUUGAGAGAUAGAUCAAUCUCACAAGAGAGAAAUAAAAUAAAUUUUUAUUUUUUAAAAAAGGGGGGAAAUAUAAAAAUACUAUUUCAGUUUUAAGAAAUCCCAUGCAAAAAUAAGUGAAAGGGGAGAUAAAAAUAUAGAAUUGUUCAAAUCACAGAUCAUGACUUUAAAAAAUUUCCCAUAGGAAAAAAAAAGGGGGGGAUAUAUGGCUAUGUGUAGAUCAAAAGAUAUUGUUUGUCUACUCCUGUUUUAGAGACUACUUUGCUAUAAAGCGAUUCCAAGCUGUAUAAUACAACACUGAUCUUAUACAAAGAAAAUAAAUACCCCCCCCCAAAUUAGGCUUUGGCUCAGAUAAGACUAUAAUAUAAAAUUUCUAGACAAAAAAUUACCGUACCUAUUAUUUCAAUGUUUACAAUUUCCCUUUGUUUUAAUUGUUCCUCGAUUUCCCUCCACUCAGUUAAUUUUGAAAUUGCCAGGGAAAUGGAAUGAGUUCCGUUUCUUUUCUUAGUCUUGGUUCUCAAUCACUUGCUUCCCUGAUCCUUGGAGUUCUCCAGGAGAGACAAAACUGGAGGUACGAACCCGUUGAACAAAAAGCAUCUCUCCUGUGAAUGUUCAUGUGGGUUUAAAUCCAGAUGCUGGCAGACAGUAAAUGUAAAAUGUAAUUACCUUCCCAUUAGCUCCAACUGAUAGACCAUGUUUAUUUUAAGGAAUUAAGAUAUUAUAUGACCCUAACCCUGACCCUAACCAUUAUUUUAUCCAAGCAAUCUUGUGCUGUAGAUUAGGUUGAAAAAUACUGACCAGCUAAGAAUUUGUAACUGUAUCUCCUGCAUUAAAACUUCACUGAACAUUGAUUUCUUAUAGCUUUUAGUACCUUCUGAAUUGAUGAGCCUGUGAUUUAUAUUCAGCAAAUUGUAUGUGUUAUGAUCCAAGUAAAAAGAGGACAUAGUUGCAUUCUUCUGAGUGCUACCAGCCAUUUGACUUUAGGCGGAUAGUGUGCAGUGGAUGAGGAGAAGAAGUGAUGGGGGGAAAAAAUCAGAAGACAAAGUGGCAGAAGAGAGGAAGAUAGAGGAGGAAAGGUUAGGUGUUCAUGAAGGACAGUGACAAGUCUGAAGAAAUCAAAAAAAUUAAAAUUGAUAUGAUUGAUUUCAAAUAUUGAAGCAAUUGCUCUAAAUCAGGGUUAGGCAACCUAUGGCACUUUGAAAGUUACUGAAUGACAAUUUCCAGUUUCCCUAAGAAUUCUGGCUAAUGCCUGCCCUAGUCAUAAAUGACAGUCCACUCUGUGCUGAAGGCUCAGAGGGUUAUUCUUUAUCAUUGCUUCAGCUUAAAGCAAAACAGAAUUCAGUUGCAGAGCAGAAAAGAUACAAGUAAGCCAGUAACAGAAGUUAGGAUUUCCCAAUGUGUUGACUAGGAAAGGAAGAAGGCACCAACUCUUUCUCAGAGCAUGCCUGUAAGAAGCAUUGAGGCAAUUCUUUUUUUUUUAACUAAAUGAACACAUUUUGAGGGGACAGGAUUUUGAAGAGUGACUGGGUUUUCCCACCCAUUAUAUCAGCCAUAAUUUCAAGCAUAAUUUUAAGAUAUCAGCCUGCUUAAUGAAAUAACACAUAGAUCUAGGGACAUAAAUUUCUUAAAUGACCAGUUUAGAUGGCCGUAUGAACACUGUCACUUAUCUAUUGUUGUUAUACAAAUGCUACUAAUUGCAUUUUUCACUUUUGACACCCUGGAUUGCAUGCACUUAUGCAUGGACUACAUGACUUGUUGUUGUUAUUUUUAAUGGUACUUUGGAAAAGAAUACUGAAUGAAGUUUAUGCUUAACCUCUUCUUUUCCUCCUAUGUUUAAAUUAGUAGCUCUGACUAUGGAAGAAAUUGCAUAACUUUUAUUUUUCUUUUAAAAAAUAAAACUAGGGAAUAUGGUGAAACUCAUCAUUUUUCACCAAAAAGAGUUACACGCAACUCAUCUAUUUUCCAGUAAAAUUAGCUGUACUAACACUACCAUAUAUACAUUAUUAAACUUUAUGACUAUUUAAUAUUUUGGAUAUGUUCCUUUUAGAAUCAGUAUACCAAAAUACUUCAUAAGUUUCAUGCUCUGCUUUAUAUGCUAUCCACAUGAACAUGCUUGCAUAUUUAUAGUAAUAGAUGAAUUUCUAAUUAUAGUUUUACAGAAGAUUAUAUGUAAAUGCUUAACAGAAACUAAAUGUAUGAGACUAUAGCAAUGUCAUUGUUUAAAAUUGCAAACGUUUAUUAUUAUAUUUCUUUUACAAUUAAACAUUACAUCAAAAAAUU